AUGUUUUAUUUUCCUUUGAAACUUAUGCGACGUGUUGAUCCUUUUGCUUGUAGAACUAGCAGUGAAACCAAAAAGUUUUGUCAGAAGUGUCUCCAAGAUGGGCACUGGACUUAUGAAUGCAAAGGCAAGCACAAGUAUCUGGAGCGGGAAUCGAGAACUGCUCAUCUUUCCAGACGCAUGGCGAAGGUUUCAAAGUGGGUUUAUUGGCUUAUGGUAUUCGAGCCGCGCGUUUCUGUGCACACUUCCUAUAAGGACAGUGAGGAUUCAUCGGAUUCAUCCUCUUCGUCUUCCUGUACUACCUCUUCGUCGGGCAGUUCGGGAGGGUCUUCAUCCAGCUCCGAAAGCUCAUCGGGUAGCAGCACCUCAUCGUCGUCUGGUGGUACAAGUGAUCACGGUAAAAGAAACUAG